AGAUACAAGCGUGGGUAGCGCACUAUCGCCCUCGUUUUUGGACCAUGUCAAUAAAAGAAUGCCGACCAUAGCUGAUUCUUUCUCCGAUAGUGGUCUGAAUUACAAGUUCGCGUGCCUUGCUGACUUCUUGAGUGCCUGAGGGCCCGCGUCAGCGCAGCACGGCGCUGUGUAGCGACAUCGGAAAUGGUAUCUAGGACGGCAGUGGACAAGGCCCUUCGGAAGAAGGGCCUUGUCGAGGCGAGCGAACUAGGGGUCCUGUUGGCCUUCCUCCAGGACCAAAGUGAUGACCAAAUGAGCCAGUGGAUGAUCCGGGACACGGACGAGCCUGAAAUCAUCGCCGCCUUUGUCCGGGCUAGGGCGGCGAAAGAUGGCGACACAACCGCGCACACGGACCAGGGCAAGGGCGACCAGCUGGAUGACAACAUCGUGCAGCAGCAGCUGGGCGCCACCCGCAAGUUCACAGGGCAAGUGGUGCACGAGUUCACCGACCCCAAGACCGGCAAGGCAUGCCAGAUGCCGAGCUGCGUCACCCUCAUCGACACCAAGUACGCGGCCACUUUCGCGCACCGCCGCACAUGGAAGGAAGGACAAGAUGUGGAGCUGAAGAUCUGCAGCGGCACGGACCCCAACAGCAUGCGAGCUGUCAAGGCCAAGGUGUUCCACAUCAACCCGAAACUCGACUUCGCCCUCCUGAAGCUCACUGACGAGGAGCUCCAAGCGCCCAACAUUGAGCCCGGCCCAAGGAACGGGAUGAAGUUCUUCGGCCAUGGCCUGUCCUGCCCGGGAGGGACCAGCAGCAACGUGUGCCGCGGCGUCAUCACCAGGGCCCGCAUGGUCGGCAACAGGCACAUCGCCCUGGACAGGAUCAGCGGCAAGGGCGAUCCGGGUGGAGGCAUCUUCUCGGCGGCCACUGGAAGGCUGCUGGGGGUGCUGGUCGGCCGAGACUCGGACCUCGACAAGUCGUACAUGAUCCAGGCCAAUGUCCUGCUGGCGGCAACGGUGGAGGAGACGUUCGACCCGGACCCCCCGCCGUCAGGCCAGUUUUGGUGAUGCCGCACCAGCAGCAGGGCAAGCAGCAGCAAGUGCGGGCGGCCAUGUUCCGCGGUCGGGCCCGCCGCCGCCGGGGCCGCAGCAGCAUGUAUGGACGAUGGAGCGGCUAGCUGACGACACGGGUGCUGGCAGCAGCCAGGCAGGCAGCCGCCGCCUGAUGACCGAGACGGCUAGAGGGCGCAAGCACGCAAGGAGGGGAUGACGAGCACGAUGCUCGUCAUCCCCUCCUUGCGUGCUUGCGCCCUCUAGCCGUCUAGCCGUCAGGAGCUGUGAGCCUGCCGCUGGCGAUGUGGCUGGCGACAAGGAGUGGAAUAGGCGAGGCGGCAUUGAUGUAGUUGUCUGGCUGGCGUGGCCGCGUGUGCAACGUCACAUGGUGAGAUGACGCCGCGUUGCGUGUGAGGCACACAGGCGGGCAUACCAGACGAGUGUGGCUGUUUUGAGGCCUGCAACAGCAGGGGCGCCUCGGCGCUGGGCAGGCGAGUCGGCGGCUGUACCCGCCACUGCUGUAUGCGCAAGUACACCGAUAGAACCUCAAGCUGCGCAACAUGCUUGCAUAUGUGGUACGGCUGACGGACCACGUGCCUCGGGGGCCGAUGCCUCGCGGCAGUUGCAGGAACUGGGGCGUGGGUAGGUCUCAUCAGCUGAGAGACCCUCACACUGUGCUGAGGUGGGGGAUGGCCGGCUAUGUAGAGUUGAUCAGAGUCACACGGGAGUGGCGAUGUUGAUAGUGAGUGCUACAGUGCUGUUGGGGCUUAUUGUCACAUUGUCAGGUUCUGUGGCUGUGUGCGCACAACAUUGUGGUCUCUGUGCAAAAAACACCGGUACAAACGUUUGAGGUGUCACCAGGCAGCCCCACGAAGGGCUGCGUAGUGUGAGCGGAGGACUCCCACACGACCACACCUACCAGGACACCCGGGUGCAAUCCCACGUCUCGUUUCCGUUUGGCGUUUUGGCCCCGAACGUUCAACGUUGAAUUGGGGAUGGGGAAAGGUUGCCCCCUAAGCAUGUGUACCAGGCAUUGGGAGGGAAAGUCAUGGGUGUUGACCCGAGGUACUGGCACUGGGUUGCCGUACAUGUCGCGCCUGUUGCUUGGAAGAAGCUGGGGCCGGUUAAGCUUGCCCCUCAUCAAAUGUGUGGCUUGCAAGCGAACAAGGCACAAGCCCUGCGCCGGCGGGCUGACGAUGCAGGGGACGGCUGGCUGGCGGGCCCCUCCCCGCGUGGCUGACUAGGCUGACACCCCCCUUCGGAUGGCCGGAUGGGGUGGGGCGCGGCGUGUAUUGGGCCACACCAAUAGAGGAACGGUAGACGGGGGCUGUUAACGACUCGGGUGGGAGCCUGUGUUCCCACGGGGGGCAUGGAGAUGUUGCUAGGCAUCAUCCGUGCAUACAUGCCAGCAGUAGUGUCAUAUUGUGCGGCAAGAAACGGGCCCAAUGCAGGCCCUUGGGCGAGAAAGAUGGACAUUUCCGCGGGUGCAUCAGGCCAGCACUACAGUACGCAGCAGCCCUGGGUCAUCAUGUGCGUGUGGAUGGAGGGGUGGCACUGCCAAGUGGCAACGGGGCCGCGCAGAUGUGUUGACAUGUAUGAUGUGUGUUGAACCAUGGGCGCCUGGGGCGGGAGUACCUUGGUUCCCGGGAAC